AUGGCUCUACCGUUUCUACCUGGUAAUUCUCCCAAUAAACACCUGGCAAAGGAGAGAUUCCACAAAUCCCAACAUUUUGACUACUCUAAUGGAGUCCCUAUGCUUGUGGGGUCUGAGAAGCCAGGCAUUGGAGGAGAGCUGUUAAUCGGCCAGAAGAUUAAACCAAAGUAUUCUGUCUACCCCAAAGGAGAGGGCAGUGAUUUACCAUCAUGGGUGGCCUUUGACAAACAGGCUCUGUGUUUUGAAGCAUAUUUUCAGGAAGCUGUGCCUCAGGCUCAGAACGAGACAUACAGAAUCAGAAAGUGUAGGAUCUACUUCUACAUGGAGGAUGAUACUAUACAGGUGGUGGAGCCGGAGUACAAGAACAGUGGCAUCCCUCAAGGAACAAUUAUUCGUCGUCAGCGUAUCCCACUGCCUCCCCCAAACGAUGACCAAUUCUUCAACAUUUUCCAUUUCAACCUUAACCAACAGAUGGUGCUGUACUCUCACAUAUUCACUGUGACUAACUGUGACCCAUUUACAAAGAAUUUUCUCACAAAACUUGGGGUGCGCUUAAAUGACCCUACCACUGUACCUGAUGAUCCUUACAGCAACCUACGUGAAAAGAUUGAUAAAAGUAUGAGGCCACUUCGGCCAUAUGAGAGACGUGACACUCUGAAGCAGUUCUUGGACCAUGACCGCAAAGUCCUGCGCUUCUUCUGCUUCUGGGAUGACACAGAGACUGUGUUCGGGGACCUGCGGGAGCUCAUACUGCACUACUACCUGGCUGAUGACACCAUAGAGAUCCAUGAGGUCAUCCCCCCAAACUCUGGCAGAGAUAGUGUGCCCAAAUUCCUCCGCCGCAGCAAACUGCCUAAGCUCGGUCCAACACAAAUUAAGCAGCCCGGAGCACUCACAGAUCGCACAGUGCUCAAUGUGUUCGCCUCCGAGAGUCAGGGAAAACGCUUCAUACUGGACAGCCUCAAAACAGGAGCUGUGCAUGAGGAGUUUUAUAAGGACUGUGAUCUGAUGCUCGGUGAGGAGGUGAAUGUGUGGGGCAGGAGAGUGCUUAUCUCUGACAGUGAUGAGUUCACCAAAGACUACUACCGCUCCAAAUAUGGCAUAGAGGACUUUACCCCAGUGCAGUAUAAAGCCCCCCAAGUCCCAAAACCCCCGAGGCAUAUGCCCCCCUACAACGGCUUUGGCUCAGAGGAGGACUCGCUAAGCUCCUGCAAGGGCCUGCUGCCCAAGCCUCCACAGAAAGAUUUCCGCAAAUUUAUGGAGAAAGACAGAUGUGGCCUAGACGGUAAUGUGCUGAGUUUCCGCGCCAAGAUCGUGACGGCCGAUGAAAUUGACAGAGACAGGGUGUUCGUCAUUUCCUUCCACCUCUGUGAUGACUCCAUCAGUGUGUUUGAACGCCCACAGAAGAAUUCAGGUGUGCUCGGGGGUAAGUUUCUGGAGCGCGGUCGUGUAAAGAAGCCAGGCCAGGAGCUGUUUAAGAGCCAGCUGUCUGAGUACUUUACAGCUCAGGAUCUGUAUGUUGGAGCUACCCUUUGCAUCAACAACAAGCCUUUCCAACUUGUGGAUGCAGAUGAAUACACCUUAAACUACAUGGAGCAACAUGCUGAAGAGUUCCCCAAAGCCAACAUAGGCAACAUCCUCAGUAAACUACGUUCGGUUCCGGAGGAGAAAAAGAGUGAGAUCAGGAAGUUUCUGACUCUCUGUGACCCCAGCAACACUGGCUUCAUCUCAUAUGAGUCACUCAGGGGCUUGCUGACAGGUCUGGAGUGCAGGCUGUCAGAGCAUGAGGUGCUGGUGCUGGGCCGAUGUUUCUCAGCACGAGAGCAGCCUGAAGUGGACAUAGGGCUGAUGCUGGCUGUGGGCCAGGAUAUCCUCAAGAAGAAGAACUUCGAAGAGCUCCCUGAGAUGGCCAAAGCCUUCACACACAACGACCGACACAAAACCGGCCGUCUCUCCACCAAAGAGACAAGGACCAUCUGUAAGGCCUUCCAGCUUCCCCUGCCUGAGAACCUGCUCGGAUGUCUGCUUAGGAAGUUUGCUGAUGGGGAGGAGGUUGACUACCACGCCUUCCUGGCUGGUAUUAACUGGAUAGAGCACCCUGCUCCCCCAGUAAUGCCUGAAGACAUCUUAAAGUUUGAUCUGAACCUGAAGUUUGAAGACAGAGAGUCUGCAAUGAAAGUCGUCAACUACUCUGCCCUGCUGCAUGACGUAUUCAUCAGCAUCUCCACCAACAGUGACCCAACAGCCGCCACCUCCACAUAG